CUCGUGAACAGUUGAACCAAUUUUCAUCAUCAGAUAUACAAUACACAACUACUUUUCAACGGCUCUCUAAUUGAAUUAAAUGGUUAUUAUUGAAAAAUUAAAAGAAAAUAUGAACGCUUCACUGGAUGAAACAAGCAAUUCGAAUCCAUCAAACACUCAUAUUAAUUCAUCUGACAAAACAAUUCUAAAUUUACCAGUAUCAAGUAGUACUCAUGAUGAAGAUUCACCAACAGCAAGUAGUACAAAUUCUCAAACUGAUCAUCAUUCUUUAACAUAUCCUUCAAAAGAACCAAUGAAAGUUAUGUCUACACCGUCACCUUCUCGUCCUCCAAAACCGGCUAGUAUCAAUAUUAGAUCAAAUGCUAACAGUGGUGUUGUGAAUACGGAUUCAUCUAGAACACUGAUUCCUUUACCACAAGCAUCGAAUUUAACUUAUUCCGAAGGAUUAUAUGAAAUUAUCGAUAAUGAGAAUAAAUCAUCAUGUCAGUUGUCAAACACAAAACAAGCGCUUAUUAAAUCUUCGGAAAAAACUCCGAAUAAAGUAGAGAAAUAUUUUUUAUCUGUUGGGAAAAAAACUUUCGACAGACAAAAAUCAAAUCAAAGUUUAAGCACAGAUUCAUCAUCAUCACACUCUACAAAGAGAAUACAAUCAAAGAAGAAUAGUGUCAACAAAGAUUCAUAUUCAUUGUUCAAUUCAACAACUAAUCUUUCAAUAAAAUCAUUUUGCAAUAACAUCACUACUACUACUACUAAAUCAAAUAUUAAAUGGAAAUUGUUUGAAUUAUUUGAAAAAAAAGAAUUACCAAAAAUUGCAAAAUAUACAUGUGCAUUACAUAUAAAUCCUGAUGAAACAGUGAAAACUAUUGUACAAGCGUCUAAAACAUGCACAAGACAAUCAAAACAAAAUUUACCAUAUUUAAUUUUAGAUAGAAAUGCUUUAGCCGAAUCCAAUCAAAUCUUGAAUAUUGAACAUUGUGGUAGUGGUGGCGGUAAUUUAAAUCUUACUUAUACUAAUCGUAACACUUGUUUAAAUGAUGAACAUAAUCAAAUUGAUAAUAAUCAAUUUGAAUUUCGAUGUUUAAAUUCAAAUAGUUGGCUAACGGAUACAAUAACUGUUGAUUUAUUAAAAAAUUCAUUAGAUUUACGUGAAGCAGGUUUGUUAGAUAUACGUGAAGGUGAAAAAUUAGAAGUGAUGUGUAUAUUUAUGGAGCCUAGAUUAUUAGUAAGAAAUACAAUUGGUCAAUAUGGAUUAGUUCGUCAAAGUGAAGUACGAAAUCAAUAAAAAAAUCUCAAUUUUAUCAUUCAUAUUGUUUUUAAGAUGGAAAAUUUGGCUUUCAUGCAAUCCAAUUCAUCUUCGUUUUCAAUUCAUUGUAAUAAUAUACACUGAACUGUAGAAUAAAAUUUAAAAAAAUCUAAGCGUCACUGUUACAUACUACUACUACUAAUACUACUAUCAAAUGUGAAGAGAAAUAUCCAGUUUUUAUUGAUUUUUCUUUUCAAUCUCUGGUAUUUUGUCGCAAAAUCAACAAAAAAAACACACUUAUUUUUGAGUUUCUUUUUGUCAACGGAUUACCCAACCACCCAACCACCCACCCACAUUAAUUUAUGAUUUUUCUGUACUUGCAUCAUGUCACACAAAUGAACAUCACUUUAUUAUUAUAACUACCUUGUCAAAAAAACAAAAAAUAUCAUGCAUUUGUAUUUGUAAAGAUUAUUGUUGAAAUAUACUUUGUUUUUGUGUUUUUACUUUCA